AUGCAGAUCCUCCGGCGGAACCUUCUCGAAGCUUCCCGCCGCCUCUCCUUCCUCCUCCACUCUCCACCUCCCGCCGCCCACGCACACGCCCAUGCCGUCGCCACCCUCUCCGCCGCCCGGCGGGACCCGUCCGCGGGCUCCCUCGCCGCCACGCCGUGGGCCGCCACGCAGCGCCGCGGCGCGAAGAUGCUCGGCUCCGACGUCAAACUUGGAAAUGUGAUACAGAGAAGAGGCCGCAUUUAUCAGGUGCGUUUAACUGCUUUUCAUGUCCUAUGUCCCUCCAUAUUUCCUCAAGCUUUAAUAUCGUGGAUUACUACUUAUCCAUCUUUUGGGCCAACCAUAAAUCAAGGCCGCAUUUAUCAGGUGAUAAAAUCGCAUCAUUCACAUCAAGGAAGAGGAGGAGCCACAAUACAGGUGGAACUGAGGGAUGUUGACACUGGUAACAAAAUAGUUGAAAGAUUUCGUACUGACGAGGCUCUUGAGAGAGUUUUUGUUGAGGAUAAGCCUUUCACAUAUCUGUAUCAGGAAGGAGACAACGUGGCACUUAUGGAGCCUAACACGUUUGAGCAACUCGAGGUUUCGAAGGAACUGUUUGGCAAAAACGCUGCAUAUCUGAAAGAUGAGAUGAAGGUAACUCUACAAUUCUUUGAUGGCCGAGCGUUGUCUGGCUCAGUGCCUCCUCGUGUGACUUGCACUGUUGUUGAAGCACAGCCUAAUGCAAAAGGCCUAACUGCUACACCUCAAUAUAAGAGGGUCUUGCUGGAUAAUGGCCUUACAGUGCUUGCCCCGCCUUUUGUUGAAGUGGGUGAGAACAUCGUUGUUAGUACUGUGGAUGAUUCAUAUAUGACUAGGGCCUAA